AUGAACCCUUCUUUUGUAUUCAGAUCAGGAGCUCUGAUAACCGCAACUGGGAUAUCGUUCGGAGCAUUCGGUUCACACGGUCUGAGAGCACUCAAACCACCUAUGCCAGAAACCAAGAUCAACUCAUGGAAUAUAGCAUCGAAUUAUCUGAUAUAUAAUGGAUUGGCUUUAUUGGCUAUAUCAUUCCAUCCUGGACUUUUAGGUGCUUCGAGGAAAUACAGGUUGGGUGCAGGUUUGAUCAUGGCUGGAGCUGCAGUCUUCUCAGGUAGCAUAUUCGGUUUGGUAGCUGCUAGAGAUAAGUUUAGAUGGUUGGGUCCAAUCACACCUCUGGGUGGUGUAAGUAUGAUCGCUGGAUACAUCAUUUUGGCUUUAUAA